AUGGCCAGAUCAACCAAACCCGCCACUCCAAGCAAGGCAGCCCGAGCCAGUCUCGGGUCCUCUGGAACCAAAAAGAAGCAGCUGUCGUUGAUGUCGUUUUUCAAGCCUGCAACCCUGUCACCAUCCAUGACCCCCAAAGUGCCAUCGUCACCUUUGAAGACCAAAUCCUUCUCCCACGAUCCUUCUAGUGACAAGGAAAAUGACAACAGCAUUCUCCAGGACGACACGAGAUUGACUGACACCCCUCUCACCUCCGAGAGCGAGGCUACCCCCAAGAAGAGCGUCGACCCCAAGAAACCAUUGUCUGAAUUUGAUGACAACCGUAGUCACAACUCGAGUUCGCCAUCCAAGCGCAGAAACAGAUCGAGAUCCGUCAGUUACGCCGAAUCAGACGAUGAAGAGAUUACCACCCGAAGCAGCAAGAGAACCAAGGUGCUGGAUAGUGAAGACGAGGACGAGGAAGACGAAUUUGUUCCUCCAGCUGAAGAUGACGACGAGGAUGAUAUGAGCGAUUUCAUAGUGGAGGAUGACAAGGAGAGCGAACCCGAGGUAGAAGAAGACGAUGAGGAAGAAGAAGUGACCAGGCCCAAGAAGGAAAAGAAGAAGGCACCCAAGCCAAGCCUGCCUCCACGUACGAAAUCCGGGGGCUCCUCAAGUAGCUCGCUAGGCAACAAGUUCAAGUCGGGCUCGUCGUACCAAGCAACCGGCGAGAAUGCUCCCAGCCUUGCUGUUAAGACUGCAGCAGCAGCACCUGCUAAGAAGAAUUUCGCCAAAGAAAAUGAGGAAAGAUACCAAUGGCUAGUGAAUAUAAAGGACUCUGAAAAAAGACCCAAGGAUCAUCCGGACUAUGAUCCACGGACCUUGUAUAUUCCUCAAUCUGCCUGGUCAAAGUUCACUGCUUUUGAAAAACAGUACUGGGAAAUUAAAUGCCAAAUGUGGAACACAGUAGUGUUUUUCAAGAAAGGAAAGUUUUACGAAUUAUAUGAAAAUGAUGCUAUGAUUGCCAAUAAGGAAUUCGAUCUCAAGAUCGCUGGCGGUGGAAGAGCCAACAUGAAAUUGGCCGGAAUACCCGAAAUGUCCUUCGAAUACUGGGCCAAGGAGUUCAUCAGUCACGGUUAUAAGGUUGCCAAAGUAGAUCAAAAGGAGACCCUUUUAGCUAAGGAAAUGAGAGGAGGCAGUGGAGUUAAAGAGGAAAAGAUCAUAAAGAGAGAGCUUACCAGUAUUCUCACUGGUGGUACGCUCACUGAUCUUAAUAUGAUCAGUGACGAUAUGUCCAUCUAUUGUUUGAGUAUUAAAGAAGAGACUCUGGACGAUGGUUCUAAGGUGUUUGGUGUAGCAUUUGUGGAUACUUCUACUGGUGAAUUGAACCUUAUUGAGUUCCAAGAUGACCCCGAGUGUACAAAGCUUGAAACAUUAGUUACUCAGGUGAAACCUAAGGAAGUCAUUUGUGAGAAGGGAAACUUAAGUUCCAUUGCUACCAAAAUCUUAAAAUUCAAUGCCCAGAACCAAAUUUGGAACAGUAUGAACCCCAUUAGUGAAUUUUGGGACUAUGAUAUCACGUUGGAAACUCUUGUCAAGUCGAAGUACUAUGAGGCCGCAGAUUUGGAUGAUUAUUCCAAGUUCCCACCAGCACUUAAAGAAGCGAUCGAGUCUCACAAGGUCUGCUUCAAUGCAUUUGGUGGAUUGUUGAGCUACUUGAAAGUAUUGAAACUCGAUGAAAGCAUAAUGACCUUAGCCAACAUGAACCAGUAUAGUAUCUCAAAGAGUAAAACGUCCAAUUUAAUCCUAGAUGGAAUUACCCUUAAUAAUUUGGAGAUAUUGAACAAUUCUUUUGAUGGUGGAGAUAGGGGUACUUUGUUCAAAUUGAUUAAUAAGGCCAUCACUCCAUUUGGAAAAAGGACAUUGAAACACUGGGUGUUGCAUCCGUUGAUGCAAAUCAAGGAUAUUAAUGACCGUUAUGAUUCUAUUGAAUACUUGAUGAACGAUGGCUUGGAAUUGAGAACUAUCCUAGAACAGAGCUUUACAGGUUUGCCUGAUUUAGAAAGAUUGAUCAGUAGAGUCCACUCCAAAACUUUGAGAUUUAAGGAUUUCUUAAAGGUCAUUGAAGCAUUCGAAAGGAUUUCCACCUUAAUCAAUCAAGUUGAAGAAUUUACUAAUGAAGAAUCGGGAGUCUUGUUCAAGUAUAUUAAGAAGUUUCCAUCCGAGCUUAAAUCAAUUAUCGGCGAAUGGGAAGAUGCCUUUGACAGAGCCCAAGCUAAAAAUGAUGUCAUCAUUCCAAACAAGGGUAUUGACGAGACAUUUGAUGAAUCUUACGGAAAAAUACAAUCCUAUGAAUCUACAUUGAAUGAACAUCUCAAAGAAUAUAAAAGGACCUUCAAAUCCAAUGAGAUCGUCUUCAGGGAUUCAGGUAAAGAAAUUUACUUAAUUGAGUUCCCAAACAAACUUGAAAAAAAGGUACCUCAUGACUGGCAACAAAUGGGAUCAACUUCCAAGGUCAAAAGGUUCUGGUCUCCAGAAGUGCGUACAUUGGUCAAGGAAUUAUUAGAACAAAAGGAGUUACAUAAAACUGUAUGUGACACAUUGAAGUUCAGGAUGUAUGAAAGAUUUGAUAAGCAUUAUUCUGUCUGGAUGAGCACAAUUAAAUCAAUCAGCUCGAUAGAUUGUUUGUUGGCAUUGACAAGAACUUCAGAAACUAUGGGAUAUCCAUCCUGUAGACCAGAAUUUGUCGAUUCGGAGCAUGGCUUGGUGGACUUUAAAGAAUUGAGACAUCCAUGUUUUGUGGGUACCACCAAGGAAUUUAUUCCUAAUGAUAUCUGUUUGGGAGGAGAGUCAAAUGCCAAUUUUGGCCUUUUGACUGGUGCCAAUGCAGCUGGUAAAUCUACUAUAAUGAGAACAACGGCUUUAGCAAUAAUUCUAAGCCAAUUGGGAUGUUACAUUCCUGCUUCGCUGGCCAAGUUAAGUCCAAUCGAUAGAAUCAUGACAAGAUUGGGUGCUAAUGAUAAUAUCAUGCAAGGAAAAUCAACCUUCUUUGUCGAAUUGUCCGAAACCAAGAAGAUAUUGAGCAAUGCUACCACCAAAUCUCUUGUUAUUCUUGAUGAAUUAGGAAGAGGUGGUUCCUCAAGUGAUGGCUAUGCCAUCGCUGAAUCUGUGUUGUAUCACCUUUCUACUCAUGUACAACCCUUGGGCUUUUUCGCAACUCAUUAUGGUACAUUGGGAGAUGCGUUCAAAAACCAUCCACAGAUUAAGCCCUUGAGAAUGGGUAUUCUCAUCGAUAACAAUUCCAGAAACAUCACUUUCUUAUAUAAAUUGGAAGAAGGUGCAGCGUCGGGCUCGUUUGGUAUGAACGUGGCUUCAAUGUGUGGAAUAUCCGAAGACAUAGUAUCCAAAGCAGAAGUUGCAGCCACCGAGUACGAACAGACUUCCAAAUUAAGAAGAAGAGCGGAUGAAGACAAGGUAGCCAAAUUGUCUUUGGGUGUUCAGAGUGAUUUUGCUUGGUUUGCCGGUGAUAAGAUCAAGACCUUGGAACACGAUGUGUUGGACUACAACGAGAUGGUCAAACAAAGAGCAUUGGAGACACUCUUCCGUAUGGUGGAUUAG